AUGCGGCUGGCAGUGGAAGAAAUCAACAAUUCCUCCCACAUGCUCCCCAAUGUCACCUUGGGGUACCACAUAUGGGAUACCUGCAGUGAGAGUAUUUACCUGCAGGCCGCUCUGCAGCUGGCACCGGACCGGCUGCACAGCUUCCAAAAAGGUUCUUCUAACAAAAUGGUUGCUGUCGUGGGACCUGACGAGGCCGACAUGACACUCCUGACCUCCCGGGUCCUCACGUUUUACCGUCUUCCACAGAUUAGCUACAGUGCCAAAGACCAGCGAUUCACUGACACAAAUCUUUUCCCACUCCUGUUCCGCAUGGUGCCCAAUGAGAACCAUCAGAUCUACGGGAUUCUUUCGCUGAUAGAAGCCUUUGACUGGAAGUGGGUUUCUGCGGUGGGCAGUGGCACAAAAUCAAGCCAGAAAGCAAUCCAGACACUGGUUGCCGAAGCUUCCGCUAGGAACAUCUGCAUUACCUACCAGGGGGUCAUGACGUGGGACAAUGAGGUUACGAAAAUCCAGCUCCAGAGGAUUGUGAGUAACACUGUGAAAGCGAAAACCAACAUCACUAUCGUUUUUGCGGAAGAAGACAUUACCUACAAAUUCUUUAAAACCGUCGUCGAGCUGAAGGUGACUGGCAAAGUUUGGAUCGCACUGGAGUCAUGGGUCUUAUCCGAUAUGGUUGCCUCGAUAUCAGGCAUUCAGGAAACCGGCACUGUCAUCGGUCUGACCAUCAAGCCCAUUAAGUUACCUCAGUUCACACGCUUUGUGGAGAGAACCAUGCGCUGCAACACAUUGAGUAACAGAACCAGCCUGGUGUUGUCUGCGUCUGAAAAACUGUUCGAAACAGAGAGUUGUGGCCAGUCGUGUGAAGAGUGUCACUUGUUAUCUCAGGAAUCUCUGGCUUACAUUUUACAGUCUUCUAUUUGGCACUGGUCCUUCUACACCUACGCUGCCAUCUACGCUGUAGCAGAGGCUCUUCACUUGCACCUUGGGUGUGAAACGGGAUCCUGUAAAAGAGACGAAUAUUUCGAACCUUGGCAGCUUUAUGAAUUGUUGUACCACGUGAACUUCCCUCUGCAGAACAAUACCAUCAGAUUCAGUUCACAAGGAGAUCUUUUCCUUGGCUAUGAUGUGCUUACCUGGAUCUGGACAAAUGGCACCGUCAUUGCCAAAACAAUUGGAAGUUUUAGUUCUGAAACCCUGGACAUCGCUAGCGGCCACAUUAAAUGGUCAACGCCAGACGGCCAGGUUCCACAGUCGAUUUGCAUCACGGAGUGUGACGAAGGCCAGAUCCGGAGCCAGCAAACUUUGGACGAAUGCUCGUGUCGCUGUGAAGACUGUCUGGAGGGGACCUAUCCAAACCAAACAUAUCUGGAUGCCUGCAUCCCUUGCCCAUCGGGCACCUGGUCGCCGAAGAAGAGCCAAGAGUGCUUUCCCCCCACCCUCACUUUCCUCGACGUCAAGGACACCAUCAUCUCCGCCUUACUGAUCCUGACCAUCGUCGACUUCUUCCUGCUCUGCAGCUGUGGGCUGGUCUUCGCCACCCACUGGCAAACCCCCGUGGUCAAAGCGGCAGGAGGCAAGCUGGCGUUCGUCAUGCUGGGCUCCCUGAUGGCGUGCUGCGCCACCACCAGCCUUUUUGUCGGGAGGCCCACCUCACUCAGCUGCCUGAUCCGGCAGCCCAUCUUCGCCAUCAGCUUCACCUUGUGCGUGUCCUGCCUCCUGGCCCGCUCCUUUCAGAUCAUCUUCAUCUUCAAAAUGGCGCACAAGCUCCCAAUGAUCCACAAGUAUUGGAUCAAGUACCGGGGGACAUAUUUCUUCGUUGCCAUCAGCUGCGGGGUGCAGGGCUUGGUCUGCUUCCUCUGGCUGUUUUUCUCCCCACCCUCUUUGCAAGGAGAUACGGUCAGCAAGAAGGAAAUCUUUCUCCGGUGCUCUGAGGGCCAUUACCUCGGGCUGGGGUCCGUGCUGGGCUACAUCACGCUGCUUUGUGCGACCUGCUUUGUGUUUGCCUUUUGGGGGCGGAAUCUGCCCAAGAACUACAGCGAAGCACGCCUCCAGACGGUCAGCAUGCUGGUCUUCCUCAUGGCCUGGGGCUGCUUCAUGCUCAUCUACACCACCACGGAAGGGAAAGGGAAGCAGAUUGCCGGCCUGCAGAUGUUCACCGUGCAGACCAGCGUCUAUGCCAUCCUGUGCACCUUCUUCCUCCCGAAAUGCUACAUCAUCCUCUUCAAGCCACAGGCCAACACGGUUGCUCACUUUCAGACCUGCAUCCAGGCCUAUACGACCACCACCCGCAACUCUGCCAAGUAA